AGCGGCAGUACGUGUCUUCUAUCUAGUGUUGCGGCCUGUUGUGUGUCGGAGGAGGAUGUCUGACAACGCAGAAUCUCCUACAGAAACUCAAAAAGAUGAUCCUUCGAUACAACACGCUGCCAUUGAACACACUGGAGCGUCGGAUGAGAAGAAAAAGAUUGAUGUGCUGUUGAAAGCAGUAGGUGAUGCGCCUAUCAUGAAGACCAAAAAAUGGUCCGUGGAAAGAGGGAGGACAGUACAGUCACUCGCUCAGUUUAUCUCACGCUUUCUCAAACUGGAGCCUAGUGAACAACUGUUCAUUUAUGUCAAUCAGUCAUUUGCUCCAUCACCAGACCAAGAAGUGGGUGUGCUUUUCGAGUGUUUUGGAAGUGAUGGUAAACUAGUUCUCCAUUACUGCAAGUCACAGGCCUGGGGAUGAUUGUGCAACUUUUUUCUCCCCCUUUCUCCCUUUCAUUUAUACACCUGUACACAUACAGUAUCAAAACAUCACUCACACAUCAUGAUCGUUUUUAUAACUUAUUGAUUUUUCGUGUGUUAUUUUUUUUUGUAAAUAAUAAAAUGUAAAUAAUAUUGUAAAACAAUGCAAUAUCUCAUGGGACUUUUUCAGGUAGAAAU